CCCCCAGCCCGUCGUCCUCCCCUUGGCGCCUUUCUCUUUCUCCAAGACGUAUCCCCGUCUGCUGAUCAUCUGAAUCAAAGUUAUCACGCGACCAUGGCUGAAGGGCAACCUCGCGCUCUAAACACGGCUUUUGCCCCGCCUCCUCCUUUAUGGAAACACUUCACGCCCGACAAUAUCAAGAAGUUCGAGGAGAUAAAGAAAGAGGCCUCUAGAGGAGAGGACGGAAAAUCUACGAAGAAAAAGUGGUCACCUUCUGAAUUGCGCGCGCUUGAACUCCCAUCAGAGCUCCGUUACCUGGCACCACCGGAGAUACCUACAUCGGGACAAUACAGUGUUUUUGGAGAACUGCAAAGUAUUUCAACAAACCUUUCCUCUUUGAAAUCGCAAGGCAUUGAACAACUCUACCCCGAACCCUCCUCCGCCGAUACCGACCGCGAGCCGGGAUCACAGCCUCGGCCAUUAAACCACGCACACUACCUCCUCCGGAUCAGCAAAUCGCUCCUCUUAAAUUUCCUCGAAUUCGUUGGUAUCCUGGCGGUCGAUCCGGAACAAUUUCAGCCCAAAGUGGAGGAUCUACGCAACCUGUUUAUCAACGCCCAUCACCUUCUGAAUUUAUACCGUCCCCAUCAAGCGCGGGAGUCGCUUAUUCUGAUGAUGGAGGAACAGUUGAGUCGGACGAGAGAGGAGAUCCAGCAAAUGGACAAAUUGAAGGCCGAAAUUACCGAAACUCUAGACCAGCUGGAGAAAGAGGGUGCCAAUGUUGGCGCGACGGAGGCCAACGAGAAAAAUGAGAAGACUCCCGAGUCAAACAAAGAAAGCGCGGAAGAUUCAGCCUUGAUAUGGGAGCUCCUCAACGAGCAAAAUUGAAGUUUCCAAUUCAUAAUAUACGACCUACUCAACCUCACUUCCUGGCAUGCUUGUCACUGCCUCCUUUCACCCAGGCCCCAUCGAGCCCUCUGAUCUUGGGAGAUCGCCAUAUUUGUGUCAGCUUGCUCUAUAGAGAUUGAGCGACCACUCUCCUCAAAUCUAGUACACCUAGCCACGGCGAUUCAGGGCUCUUCCACGGGUAGAUGAGGGGAUCAAUCGACCCCAUUUCUACACGGCAUCCCGGAACAUCCAUUCCUCCGCGGAUAGUCACGUGCCGCACUAACGCCGGGAGCUUUAAAAUCCCGCCCAAAUUUCUCCUGCAGAAACUUUCCCUGUUGACAUCCCUUCGACCCUUGAACAACGACCGCGCUGGUCUUGCAGGACUUGAUGAUGUCCGAAGACUGCCAAUGUUAACUCGAGGAAUCAUUAUUAUUCGCCAUUUUCUGUUCUAACUUUACUGUGUAUUGGGCUCAACCUUUCACCUUUAGUCACAAUAAUGGAAAUGUAUCUUUCUGAACACCUUUUCAAAUCUUAGACUCGUAGCCUGUAAAUGUAGAGUCCGAUGACUCGGCAGUCUGUAGACUCCUUUUUCAAUAGAACUUGAAGGCCCACAACUGCACUUAUAUAUUGCUGGCUGAUUUAUCUCCCAAGUCCCUUGUAUCCUCGCUCGAACUCUUGUUCUUGCAUCUACUGCUCGCUAGACUUCUUGCCAAACCUAUCGCAACUCUAGGAAAUCUAUAGCAAGAGCCAUUCUUCUGUUCACUAUAGUUUGAAAGGAAUUCGUUCACGCUCAAAAGGCAGAGCUGACUUGCCCUCGAUGAAUUGUGCAAU